CUCACCCUGGCGGGUUGGAUGGCCUCUGCGCUCCGGCGGCGCUGCCUGGCAGGGUCGGAAGCAGCCGCCGGCCUGUCCGGCCCGGCGCCGCUCGGUUCGGUUCGGCUCAGCUCGGCGCCGCUCGGCUCGGCUCGGCUCCCGCGGCGGGGCUGAGGCGGGCGGGCGCCGCUAUGGUUUAAAGCGCGGCGGGCGGAAGCGAACGGGCAGGAGCCAUGAACCUGCUCCCGGCCAACCCACACGGCAACGGGCUGCUCUACGCCGGCUUCAACCAGGACCACGGAUGCUUUGCAUGUGGAAUGGAAAAUGGAUUCCGAGUUUAUAAUGCAGAUCCACUCAAAGAAAAAGAGAAACAAGAAUUUCUAGAAGGUGGUGUUGGCCAUGUCGAAAUGUUGUUUCGUUGCAACUAUUUAGCACUAGUCGGUGGAGGAAAAAAGCCGAAGUACCCACCUAACAAAGUAAUGAUCUGGGAUGACCUGAAGAAGAAGACUGUCAUCGAGAUAGAGUUUUCUACAGAAGUCAAAGCAGUUAAGCUGCGGAGAGAUAGAAUUGUGGUAGUCUUGGACUCGAUGAUUAAAGUUUUCACAUUCACACACAAUCCCCACCAGUUGCACGUCUUUGAAACCUGCUACAACCCUAAAGGUCUCUGUGUCCUUUGUCCAAAUAGUAAUAAUUCUCUUCUUGCAUUUCCUGGAACACAUACUGGGCAUGUGCAGAUAGUGGAUCUCGCUAAUACAGAAAAGCCUCCUGUAGACAUACCUGCUCACGAGGGAGUCUUGAGCUGUAUAGCUUUAAACCUGCAGGGAACAAGAAUUGCAACAGCAUCAGAAAAAGGGACCCUCAUAAGAAUAUUUGAUACUUCAUCAGGGCAUUUAAUCCAGGAGCUACGAAGAGGAUCACAGGCAGCCAAUAUCUACUGUAUUAACUUCAAUCAGGAUGCUUCCCUCAUCUGCGUGUCCAGCGACCACGGCACAGUACAUAUUUUUGCUGCAGAAGACCCUAAAAGAAAUAAGCAGUCAAGUUUGGCCUCUGCCAGCUUUCUCCCCAAAUACUUCAGUUCCAAAUGGAGUUUUUCCAAAUUUCAGGUUCCCUCAGGCUCUCCGUGCAUUUGUGCCUUUGGAACGGAGCCAAAUGCUGUCAUAGCAAUAUGUGCAGAUGGCAGCUACUACAAGUUCUUAUUCAACCAAAAAGGGGAAUGCUCAAGGGAUGUCUAUGCUCAGUUUCUAGAAAUGACGGAUGACAAGCUUUGACUGAGGUGAGGGGAGCGCGUGGGUCAAAGUCCUGCCCUGGCUCUUCCACACCUUUGGAGGGACAGUAUACGAAUGUCCAAUACUGAUCAAGAAGUUUAGCAGACCUCACUGAGAAGCCUGGCCCAACAUGAUCACAACAAGCUCUGAAGUAGUGGACUACGUAUGUUUAUUCUCAUUUCUGCAAAUAUUCAUCAUUAAAAUCUCUUUGGGUUACAGUCA